UAUCCCCCUGUGACACCUAGAAUGGGGUAGAAUGCUUCCUCUGCACCAGCUAGGACCCUGUCACUAAUUAGAUACCUCUCCAAAGAGUCUCAAGCUCUGAGCUUCCUUCCCAGCUCUAGGGGGGGAAACCAUUCCCUGCAGGGUUCAGCCAAAGCCUCUUCCCAGCUAGCUCAGGACAAAAGUCACCAAAGCCUCUUAUCAAAGAACUUCUUCUCCAAGUCACUCCUGGCUAAGGGGGCUGGAGGUAUCUGAGGACAGACCUACCAUGCCCUGGCUCCAAAAGACCAAUGGGCAUCAAGGUGGCUUAGAGUCUAAAAUGCCAGGCCUGGGUUUAAAUUUGGCCUCAGACACUUCCUAGCUGUGUGACCUUGGACAAACCUCUUAACCCCAGUUGUCCAGCCCUUACCACUCUUCUUCUGCUUUAGAAUUGAUUUUAAGUUUAAAAAAGGUAAGGGCUCAAAAAAAAAAAAGCUCUCAGUCCUAAUAUUUUCCUGUUUUAUGAUUAAACCAUCUCUUCCUCAAAAUCUCCUUUUCCAUAGCUUAUCAUUAGAGUUAAAGCUGGAAGGAAUUUAUAAGCAGCCAUCUUAAUCCAAAUCCCUUAUUUUACAGAUUUUUUUUAAAUGAACCAAAAAAACUGAGGAGCCAGACUAUUUUAUUCAUAAACUCAACCUUCUGACUGCUUGAGAUCCUCUCUGUUACUUUUGCCAAGAUCUUUCUACUUUCAGGAUUUCCACCAUUCAAGUCUUCCCAAAUCUCCACAAACUAUCUAUUUAGGGGUCUGGAGUGCUUGAGUAGAGCUUGGAGUUCAUUGGACAUUUAGAAAAGUUUUCUGGUUCUGUUCACACCCACCAAAUUGCUCCUGUAACCCAAGCCCCUGAGAUAAUGUGGGAUAGAGUUUUACCACCCCUGAUGAGGUCUUGAGUGUCCUCCCAUAGUGUCUAGAAGACCCAAGACUUGUGAGUUCAUAGGUUUCAUUUGUCCUUUCAAAGGAGAGAGGACACCACAGUCUCUUGUCCAGUAGCUUGGCCUUCUCAGUCUGAGCCUAGAGAAUCCAUCUGAUCUGGAUUAGAACAAGAAACAGAAUGUUUUGCUCCCCUGAAUCUAUCUCUGACCAUUCUCCUCACUCAGAUCUCCAAAUCUGGAUGCAGAAUUAAGCCCUUGCAAGAGGCAAACACUAGGUUAGAGCUUCAUCCCUGGCCACAGUGGUGUUAACCAUUUCUCAGUUCUAGAGCUCUCUGGGGACAGAUGGGAAAAGAGAAAAGCUAAUGGAUAUUGGGGUUUGGGAGAGAGAAAAAUGAGAGUUAAUCAGGGAAGGAAAAGUGACUAUUUUCUCGCUGGAGGCCACUUGUGCCUUGCUGAGUCACUCACUGCCAUCCCACCUGUCCCUGCCAGUCUCUGGAAAGGAAAAAUGAUACCUGAGUGAGGAAAGACACAAGUUCUAGAAAGGAUUUGUUUAUAUCUUCUAUCCCAUCCCACCAACACACAUACACACCAAUACAGGGUGUACCCUGAGUUUCUCCAAGAUAGAGAGGCUGAGGUCUCCUCCUGCUGAUGUCUGGGGAAAAGGUCCCCCCAAAAGAGAUCAAAGCUGAGACGGAUAAUCCGGAUGCUUCCUGCCCUAGUGUCUCAGACCUGCAACAGCUCCUGCAGACAGGAAAGGUCUCCUGUAGCCAUGUGGAUGAAGUCUGGCCUAACCUCUUCAUAGGAGAUGCGGCCACAGCAAACAAUCGCUUUGAGCUGUGGAAACUAGGCAUCACUCAUGUGCUGAAUGCAGCUCACGGGGGGCUCUACUGCCAGGGGGGACCUGACUUCUAUGGCAGCUCUGUGAGCUAUCUGGGGGUACCUGCCCACGAUCUCCCUGACUUCAACAUCAGUGCCUACUUUUCCUCCUCUGCUGAUUUUAUCCACAGUGCCCUCUGCACGCCUGGGGCUAAGGUCCUAGUGCACUGUGUGGUGGGGGUCAGCCGAUCAGCCACUCUGGUCUUGGCUUACCUCAUGUUGAGACAAAGGCUAACCCUGCUGCAAGCUGUGAGUUCUGUGAAACGACACCGUUGGAUCUUCCCCAACUCUGGCUUCCUCAAGCAGCUCUGCCAGCUGGACAAGCAACUUCACGAGACAGGGGCACCAGUGAAGGACUGAGAGAGCAGCCCCCCAUGACUUUCUGGCCUCAUCUCCAAGACAACAUCCUGACCAUCACUCUGGCCUUCAAAAGAGAAUAGGACAACAAACAGAAGAAUAAUUACCAGAAAGGAGAUUUCUGUCUCAGCAAGGCUAGGGUUGGUUUGGGGUGGGGAGAAUUGGGAGCACCUUCUGUCUUUUUGUCAAGAUUGGUCUCUCAUCCAGAAGAGGUUAGUAUGGUGGCUCCUGGUACUGGCUGCCUCUGGGAACUAGGCAAUUUGAAUGUGCCUACACUUCCUUGACAACCUAGGGAAGGGAGGACGGUGGAAAAAUUCCCAACUCAAGUAAAUCAAGAGAAGAGUUGAGACUCUUGGGGACAGGAAGAGUAAGGAAUGUUUAGGGGUCUCCCCUGUUCACUAAUCCCCCAAGCCUGAGGACACCUCCAUACUAGCCACCCCCUCUGUAAGUUACUGGUUCUCCAUUCCUACCUAAAGAGCUAAAUAGUAUUUGGGGAGAGGAAGAGAGAAGAGAAGAAGGAAGAGAGAAUAAAAGAUAAUGUAGGUUGGGGUUGGGGGAAAUCAUGAGUGAAAUAUGUGUGUGGGUAGCAGGUGUGGAUAGUGAAACUUGUAAAUUGCCCAACUUUGGGCCAGGCUCUUCUUCCUUUCCCUAAAGGCAGCAAAGGGGUUGAGUUGAGGAAGGGUCUGAGGAAAUCAGCUGCUAGCUCCCUAUGGUCAUCAAAUUCUAACUGUAAACCCCACCCCCACCCCUGCCCCCAACCUUCUACCAAGUCAUACCCAAUACCCAUCAAAACUAAGGCUCAUUAUCCAAUCCCAGGACCCUUGACACCAUUUUGUCUACCAUCUAACCUGCCAACAAUGCCUUGGACACCCAUGCUAGAAGAUGUAGGGGUGGGGGUGGGGGUGUAUUUGUACUGGAAAGGAGAUAGGAUUAUGUCUAGACUUCCCACAUUGGAGAAGCAAGACUGAGGUCAGUACUUCUGAGGCCUUCUUCCCUCCCAUUCUUCUUCCUCUAUCUACCUAAGAUCUCUGGCUUCAAAUAUAUCUCCACAUACUUCUCCAAGCACAUCAGGUUUUCCCCCACUCUCUUUCCCUUCCUUUUCAGCAAUCCCCAGAUCUCACCUUUCUACUCCUUCCCCCCCACUCAGGACCAUGGCACACGUUCAUAGGAAACUCAGGUUCUGACUCUGUGGGCAGGGCCUUCAGGUUAAAUUGUCUUCUAUCCCAGGUACUCACCCAGAAAUGGAGAAAAAGGAAGCUACAGCUUAUGAAAUAACUACCUCAGGGUUUGAUGAGCCGGUCUUUAAUAAAUAUCCAAGUUUCUCUAAACCAGAGAAUAUCGUAGACUUUCUUGAGGUCAUCCUUUAUAGCUAUACUCCUUUUCAUUGUCAGAUUACUUCUAGCCUAGAUCAGGAGGGUCUCUCCUAUUUUGAGAUCUCUAGGGAAGGACAUGUCCCACAUUCCCUUUGGUCAUUCAGUUUAUCCUUAAGUCUAUUCUGAGUUCCUCCUGCUGUCGUUUAAAUUCCUAUCUUCUUGUUCGGUGUAUAAUGGAAACAGAAAAUGGCCCAUAUCCCUGCUUCCACUGAAACAGAAAGAAGUUACUCUGUUACUCCUAAUUGCCAUUCUUCCCAAGCCUUUUCACAGAUCUUAGGGAUGAAUUCUGGGGUUCUAAUGCUAAAUAAAAAGGGGGAUAGACUGUCUUUUUCUAGUUCCUUUUUUAAGGUUCAGAGCCCCAGUGACUGCAGAGGUGGAGAAAGGGCAGAGUUUUAAAUAAGAAACAAAUAGACUGUUCUUCCUGGAGGGACUAUGAACUGCAAAUAUAGGUGACACCGGAGAGGCAGAAUGCAGUGCUGGAAUUAAAAUCUGGAGAAACUGGGUUUGAAUUUUGCUAAGACAUUUAUUAGCUGUAGGUUUUUGGUCAAGUCAGCCAACCUUUGCAUCUUAAUUUCCUCAUCUAUAAACUGAAAGGGUUAAACUUGCUGACCUCUAAGGUCUUUUCUAGUUCUAAAUGGAAGAUCCCUAUGAGUUAGGGAACAAACUCUUCUUUGUCCAAUUAAUAGCAAUUAAAACCUGAAUCUUAAACUUCCCUGGCCUUAAUGAAUCCCUAAAAAUAUAAUCAUUGAAUACCUAGAAAGGGAAUUUUGCUGUUCAGUUGUUUCCAACUUUCUAUGAUAUCAUUUAAUAUUUUCUUGGCAAAGAUAUUGGAGUUUUUCCAGCUCACUUUAGAGAUGAGGAAACUGAGGCAAACAGAGUUAAGUGACUUGCUCUGAAUCUCCCUGAGCUAGUAAGUAUCCAAAGUUGGAUUUGGACUUAGGUCUUCCUGAUUUCAGGGCUAAUGCUUUAUCCCUUGUGUCAUCUGGCAGCCCUCAGAAAGGGAAAAGAUGAUUAUAAAAAGCCAGAGUGGCUUUGUCAAGAACAGGUCAGGCUAGACUAACCUCAUUUCCUUUUUUGACAAGAUUAUUAAACUUGUACUUGAGGGGAAUUCUGUGGGUACAGCUUAUCUAGAUUUUAGCAAAGCUUUUGAUAAUAUAUCUCCUACUAUUUUUAUGGAGAAGACAAAGAAAUAUGGAUUAGCUGAUAAAAUAGAUUGCUUCACAAUGGUUGGAUGGCUGGAUUCAAAGAGUAGCUAUUAUAGUUGAAUGUCAACUUGACAAGAAGCCUCUAUUGUUCCCCAGGGAUGUAUACUUGGCCUCAGACUUUUAAUAUUUUUUAACAAUGAUUUGCAUCUGGAAAGGCUCACCAAAUUUGCUGAGAACACAAAACUGUGAGAAAUAGCCAACACACUGAGUGAUGACUCAAUCAGCUGAUGACUCAGAAUCUAAAAAGAUGAAAUCCAGUUGGGGAGGGGCAGCUAGGUGACUCAGUGGAGGUCCUGGAUUCAAAUUUGACUUCAGACACUUGCCUGACCCCUGGCAAGUCAUUUAACCCCAAUUGCCCUUACCCCUCUUCUGCACUGAAACUAAUACUAUUACUAAUAAUAAAACUAAUAAAAUAAUAGUAUUGAUUGCAAGACAGAAGGUAAGGGCAAGAAAAGAAAAAGAAUUUCAAUCAGGAGACAAGUCUCUCCUUUGGGCACAAAAUGGAAGAGGCAGAGUUAGUACUAACUUGUUCUGGGAAAUAUCUAGAGGUUUUAGUAGAUGUGUAAACUCCAUAGUGUGUGAAGUGGAAAUUGAGGGGACCUUAAAGAUAUCCAAGUACACCUUCUUUAGUCACUAUUAUUGAAUAUGACCAGGGAAAUCCAUCACUUAAAACAUAAUGCUUUAUUGAGAGAGACAGAGAAAUGGGGAGCACUGUCUCAAAUCACUGACCCAAGACAGAUACCCCCACUCCCCAAGGAUUUUCAGAGAAAAUGCAGGGCACUGUCUCAAGUCAUUAACCUAAGACAACUGCCCAAAGAUUCACAGAAAAAUCCCUUAUUUAUAGGAGAAUCCUGAUGCAAUCAAAACUCCCAGAAGGGGUUGGAGACAAGACUGUUGAAUAUUACAAUGGCUUUACAAUGGACAUAUUUGAGCUAAUUAAAAUCAAGAAAUUGGGGAGUAGCUUUACAAUGGGUACAUUCAAGCAUUUUCUCAUUUGAAAGAAAUGAUCAGGAAGUUGGAGACAGAUUUGGGGGGUCUCUGGAUUGUCUGAGAGGAGCUGAUGUCAAGCUUUUGGGCUUGACUACCUGGUAGAAGCCUCCAAUCUAAUAGAAGAGACUUCUACACAAAAGGGUACUCAAGAUUCCAUCUUUGGGGAUUUUCAGGAUCAAAGAUCAUCAGCUUAGGACAAAUUUCCUGACAAAUUCACUGAAAGCUGUGAAACUUUUGUAAGGAUGGGGGUAGGAUCCUGAAGGGAGAAAUGGAUGGGGUGGGGGAAAAACCAGCUUUUAUUAACUUUUGGGAGAUAUUAACAACUAUUAAUAACUUGAGAUUAACAUAUUAGUUUCUCAUUGCACGCAAUAGGAAAGAGCCGUGUGAUUCAGCAGCAAAGAAAACUAAUAUCAUUUUGGGUUGCAGUAAAAGGGGAAGAGCUUCCAGAAAUAAGGAGAGAAUAGUCUUCCGUAACUGUGUUCUUAUCAGUCCUCAUCUGAUACUUAUGUUCAAUUCUGCAUGCCAAACCUGAGGAAGAAUGUUGAAAAGUUAGUGUCAGAGAGGGCAACAGUGGCAACCAAGCAUGGCAAAAAACUAUGAAUCUGUGUCAUAUGAGGAUUGGUUAGAGAAAUGAGAGGGGGAUGUUUGGCCUGGAGAAGAGAAGACUUUAGGAAGAGCAUGAUAUGUGCUUUCAAAUAUUUGAAGGUCUGCUUUGUGAAGGAGGAUAAGCUAUUCUGAAUUGAGGACUGAUGUCAAGAACUUCCAAAUAAUAAAAGCUGUCCCAGAAUGGAAUGGGUAGUUUCUAAGAGCAGUAGGCUUUCCCCUGCUCUAGGCCAGAUGGAGGCCAGAUGACUAUCUGGUCAAAGUUUAGUCCAGAUUACCUUCAUGUUGGGGGUUGUACUAGAUGACUAAUGAGGUCCCUUCUAACUCUCAGCUUCUGUAGUUCUAUGUCCCAAGUCUGCUUCUUGAGGAAGACAUUCAGACUUAGAUUAGAUCCCUGGGAAUAACUUUCCUUAGAGGUCAUCAGAUUCAAUUCCUUCUUUUUAAGAAAAGGGAACUAAGGCCCAAAUUAGUCAAAUGACUUGCCCCAAGGCACAGCUAGUCACUGGCAAAGCAAAAUCCAUAUUUCUUGAUUCCUAGUUCAAUCCUCUUUCCAUUUUACUAUGGGCUAGGUUCCUCUCUUCCGUAAAAUGAUCUGGCGACCAAUCUUUCCCUGACUGUGCUGAAAGUCAAUCAAUUAAUCAAAUAAGCAAGAACUUCAGGAAGUAGAGGCUAAGAACCUGAAAUUGUUCCCUGGAGAAUUCAAACAGGCCAGCACUAGGACUCUCCCUUGGGCUAUGACUUAAUCCUGAUAGACUUUGGGUUCCUUUGGACUCCACCCUGAGAAGAAUGCUCCCCAGUGGGGGUCAAUUAGAUGGGAUGGUGCUUCACAAGAUCAGAGAUAAGACACCAGAGUUGGAUGACCUGCAGCGACUCCUCUGGACUCAAAGUGGGUCUAGGAACCAUAUGGAUGAAGUCUGGCCCAACAUCUACGUGGGAGAUUCGUAAGAUCUCUCUGCCCAUUCUCCUUCAAUCUUGCCUGCCUGCCCUGCCUGAUUUCCUAUCCUGCCCCAAAUCACACAUCCUAGGACCCAACUUGGGGUUUGAAUCUCAGAGGAAUCUGGGGCUUCUUCUGGAGAGGCCAUCAAGGAGGGAAUAUGAAACUAGCUGGAUGUUUCUACCCAUUCUGAUCCCCAGAGAAGGAGUCAUGGUGCUGCAGAACAAGAGAUGGAUUAUAGGAGUGGAGACUAGAAUUAGAUUCUGGGGUAGAAUUGAGAUUGGGGUUGGGGAAGUAUGUUUGGGUUUUGGUUAAGAUUAGGAGGUCUUUUCAGUUUAGUGUGUGGGUUAGAACAAGAGUUAGGGUUGGGGAUUAUUGAGGUUGAGGCUGAGUCCCCCAGUAAACUGAGGCUCCCAGUUAUCAGAUGCCCCUGGCCAUCUGACCUCCUAGCAAUUUCCUAUCUCUUGGGUUUCUUCCCCACUACAGAUGGGCUGCCAGGAAUCUCAGCCUGCUACAGAACCUAAGAAUCACUCACAUCCUCAAUGCUGCCCAUGGUGAAUUGGGCAUAUCCACAGGACCAGGUUAUUAUCGUCAGGUACCCAUGACCUACCUUGGGAUAGAGGCUUUUGAUGACUGUGCCUUUGACCUCAGUGUCUUUUUCCAUGAGGCAGCAAACUUCAUCCAGGGAGCCUUAGACACCCCAGAAGCUCCAUGGCAUAAUGUAUUGGAUUUGGCAUCAGGAAGACCCAAGUUCAAAUCCAGCCUUAGAUACAUACUAGCUGUGAGACUAUAGACAAGUUACUUAGUCUCUCUUGGCCUCAUUUUCUCAUCUGUGAAAUGAGACUUGGACUCAAUAGCCCUUAGGGUCCCUUCCACAUCUAAAUCCCUGAUUCUAUGAUUCUUCCCAGGGAAGGUGCUUGUCCACUGUGCCAUGGGGCUUAGUCGCUCUGCUACCCUGGUACUUGCCUUCCUGAUGCUCCGGAAGCAUCUGACCUUGGUGGAAGCCUUGAAGACAGUAAAUGUCCAUCGAAAUAUCUGCCCCAAUCUGGGGUUCCUCUCUCAGCUGCGUAACUUGGACCUCCAACUUAGCCAGGAACAACAUAAUGGGGAUGGGGAGAGUCUAAUGGCACCUACCACUCUGCA